UUUUUUUUUCUUUCUGUUCCUUUGUCUCAGCGACGUUUCCUUUCGUCGUCGUGGACGUCGUCGCGCCCGCAGGCUCGAUGGAGAACGCAAGUGGCACGCGACAAGACCGAAGGAAACCGAGGAGGGAACGCUCGUAGAGAGUCUGUGGUAUGCGAGAAAAACGAGCAUUUUGACCGAGGAAACGCAGAAGGAUUGAAGGCCGAGUAUAAUUCGAUGCAAAUGUACCGGGCAGGCAUCGACAGAACCGGUACGAACCUCGAAUACACAGUGACCUGGACACGCUCGAAAAUGUCCUACGACUCGAACACACGAGUGAAAAGGAGCAAAACGUUUCGACGAACGAUGACAAUGUUGAGCAUCGAGACUACGUCGAACAAACGUAAUGGCACGAGCAUAGACGAGGACGUGGCCAUUUUACCAGGAUUCAACGUCACCACGACAGCGAGCGGCGCUAGCAAGACGAGUCACUUCGAGACAGAUUUGCAUGGGAAUGUUAACAUUCUUCUCGGCGGGGCGAUGCUCAGCGGCGUGAUUAUGGUUGUUCUACUGAUGUGCUACUGCUGUCACAAGAGCAUCCGGAAGAACCGACCGCAAGAGUACCCGCAAUACUGGAGGACCGAACCAGACGUGCACAGCCUCGAGGUCUUCACCACGGAAGCGCACGCUGCUUGCUGCGAGAGACAAUCGGCGGCCGACGGGAACCAGGACGAGAGCACGUACGGCGCGCUUUCGUGCCCGGUGACACCGAACUCCGGUCCUGGACCACCUCCGACCUACGACAGCCUGAUCUUCGACUCGAGGAGCUUGCCCAGUUCCAUCGACAAGAAGCCCGAGGGCGUGGAAACGCCGGGCACCAUAAUUCCUUCCAUGGUGUCCACGUUGCUCGGCUUGAGCACCGCGGUGAGACGGACGGAACGCAACGAGGUCACGGAACAAGAAAUCUCCGACGAAGGAUUGCCUUCGUACGAAGCCGCCUUGAAGCUGGACGCAAACGGCUACGUCUAA